UUGGGUGGUAACACGCCCGUCGUCGUCGUCGGCAUCUCGCUCCCCUUUUAUGAAAGCAGCGGCGUUGUGUGCUUCGUAUAGAGCGGUCGUAUUGGUGACCGAUUUGUCAUCGUCGGCGGCAUUGUCGCCCAUGAUUACCCAUCGCGGUUGUGUGUCAGUCUAAUGGUGCGUUUCGAAUGUGAUAGACACGGUUUUUUCGCGAGAGUAGCUUUCUAGAUAGUAAGCGCGCCGCAGAUUCGGUUUUGAGUUUUUCUCCAAAGCGACAGAAGAAAGUGCAGUUUGUGUUCCGCCAAAGUAGGCGGAAAAUUUGUUACGGUUUUGAAGUUUUGAGUCCGUGGACUCAAAACCAUUCGUUUGGAUCGGAAUUUUCUGUCCUUUGGUCGCGUUCCGGCUUUAUGUGUCCGGUGUUGUCCGUGAAUGGAAUCGAUUCCUGUGAUUACAAGCGAGUGUGUGUGAUAGGAUAACGUUGAUUCACCCCUGGAGAAAUGUAAUGGCCAUCGAAAAACCAUUCCACGAGCAGUGAAAACCAAGGAAGAUCAUUCCCAUCUCAAAGCUGAAAAUCGUUCCCCAAGUGUGCAUUUUUGUAUUAAGCUUGUUUAACAAAAAACGACGGUGCAUUUCUCAGUGAAUUUCAAAUAUGUCGCCAGCAUUCCUAGCGGUGAUAGCCGUGAUCCUUUGUAUCCUGUUCCGGAUCCUGAACGUGAACAGUCAACCGCAGCUGCCGCAGAUAUUCUGCAAGGAUGGCCAGUUCAUGGAGUGUUUCCACAAGAUUGCUCCCAUGCUCCGAGAUCCAUACAUUCCAACGCGCUUGUGGGGAUUCAGCGGCCACAUCCAGACAAUAAUUCACAGCAUCGUCGGUCGCGUGAAAUGCCCCUGGCCGCUGGGUGAACGCGUGUACCUUUCGCUGGCGGACGGAUCAACCCUGACGUACGACCUGUACCAACCGCUGAUCAACUCCAUGGAAGAUGACAUCACGGUGGCCAUCUGCCCGGGGAUAGGAAACUCAUCCGAAUCGGUCUACAUUCGCACCUUCGUUCACUACGCGCAGUGUCACGGCUACCGGUGUGCGGUGCUGAACCACAUCGGGGUCCUCGAUAGCGUCCAGGUUACGUCCAGUCGGAUUUUCACCUACGGCCACACCGACGACUACUCGGCAAUGAUUACCAACCUGUUGAAGAAGUACCCGACGACCAACAUCGUUUCGGUUGGUUUCUCGUUGGGCGGUAAUCUCAUUUCCAAGUACCUGGGCGAAGCUUCCCGGCCGCAGAACAUCAUCGGCGGAGUGUCCAUCUGUCAGGGUUACAACGCUGUGAUAGCCACACAGUGGUUACUGAAAUGGCAGAACUUCCACCGGUUCUAUCUGUACGUGUUGACGGAGAAUGUGAAGAGCAUCAUCAUGAAGCAUCGGCACGUCCUGCUGUCCGAUGACAUCAAGCAGCGGUAUCAGUUGAACGAGAGGGACAUUGCAGCGGCAGCUACCUUACCGGAACUGGACGAGGCCUACACCCGAAGGGUGCACAAUUUCAACAACGUCAAAGAGAUGUACAGUUGGAGCAGCUCGGUGAAUUACCUGGCAAACAUCAAGCGACCGAUGGUGUUUGUCAACGCUAGGGACGACCCGCUGGUGCCGGAUAUGUUGCUGGAUCCAAUCAAGCAGUUUGCAACGACUCAAAACCAAUCACUCUACAUCGAACUUGCCAACGGAGGUCACCUCGGUUUCUACGAGGGUGGUCUCAUCUACCCGAACCCGGUGACCUGGCUGGAUCGGGCACUGGUCGCGCUGAUUGGUGGCAUCGUCAUGUCCCACAACGACCUGCUGGUGGCCAAACGAACUGCUACCGUUAUCUAAGAUUCGCUAGCAUUCCCCUCGCCAUCGUUGUCCUAUGGGGGUGCCGUAGCCAAUCGACUCUUCGGGUGGUUCGGUCGUUGGCUUUUGCCGGUGGUGGCCGCACCUCCCACACCUUCCCUGCGCAGUAUCCUUGCAGCUCUGUUGAAACAACUCCUAUCAACGGUUCUGCUCCGUACUCGUCGCAGCGAAACGUUACUGUCGCCGACAACUCCGGCAUCAACGCCAUCGCAACUGGAAGCGACCACCUUCGAAGUAUCGUAAGUAUCUCCAAGAUACUGCUUUUGUACUUUCAUCGUAAUCAAACAACGGCGAAGGGAAUGAUCUGGGUGAAACUCAGCCUAAUACAAAUCGGACACACCGAGCAGCACAAUAAGCACACAUCUCUUUGGGAGACAAAAUCGUACGUAAUGAGAGAAAAAUCGACCGUACUAAGUCGCUAAAUUAGCUAGAACAACGUAGAACGUUUUUCGGGUGCCCAAAAAAUUUGACACUAAACUGAUAUGCGAAAUUAAGCGUUAGGAAUUUGCGUUUUUUAUUAGGUUUUUUUGCUAGCGUAAGUCAAACCGCGUUCCUUAAUGCGAGUACAUAAUUUAAGCCUGUGUAACAAUAAGUAAUCAUCAUCGGUAGGUUAAAACGGAAAAUCAAACACAAUAUUGGAUAUUUAAAACAAGCAACCGUGUGCGGUGUUUAAUUGUGAUAAAUGUGAAUUGAAACACCUGCUUAAUUUGGAAGGGAAGGAUCACUCCUUUGGAAAUAUGAUAGAAACUAUAUAAGAUGACUGAUAGUGCAUCUCAAAAACGAAUUGGACUUCUCAGAAGUUUUGUUGAAUGGUUAGGAAGCGUUUUGAAAACGAGUAACGACUUGCAAGAAGCGGAUGAAUUUGUAUUGUAAUGCUCAAUAUCAAGUAUAAUUCAUAGACUCACGUACAAAUAUAAAUGAGUUUUGCAGUGAUCGCACGCAGUCUGUUUGAGUGACUUUGAUUUU